AUGAUUGUACGGGGAAAUUCUCUAUCUCUUUUUCAUCACCUUUCUCUUCUCACCUUUCCUUUUUUAUUUUUAUUCUUUUCUUUUUCACAGCCUUUCACUUUUCCCUCACUAUUCCUCUCUCUCUCUCUCUCUCUCUCUUUCACUCUCUCUCUCUCUAUAUAUAUAUAUAUAUCGUUUACUUCUUUCUCUCCCUCUCUGCCUCCCUCCGCCCUUCUCUUUUUAUGUCUCUUUCUGAUUUUCUGUUUAUCUAUCUUUCUAUUUCUCUCUUUCUUUCUUUCUUUCUCUCUCUCUCUCUCUCUUUACGUUUCUCUUACUUUCUUUUUUCUCUUUUCAUUGCCUUUCACUUUUCACUCACCAUUCCUCCAUCUCUCCUCUAUUUCCAUCUCUCUUUGCCUUUGUCUUGUUAUCUUUCUUUCUUUCUUUUUAGAUUAUUUUCUGCCUUUCUCCUUUUCUCCCUUUCUCUCUCUCUUUACCUUUCUCCACUCUCUCUUCUUUUUUUUGCCUUUCUCUUUUCACACUCCCCAUCUUCCCCCCUCCCUCUCUCUCUCUGUAUAUCUUUGCCUUUAUAUUCUAUCUCUCUUUCUCUUCCCCUCUCUCUUUCUCUUCUACUCCUUUUUUCUUUCAUCUCUAUCUCUCUGUCAUUCUUUUUAUCUAUUUCUGUCUGUCCUUUUUCUCGCUCUCUUUCUUUAUGCAUCUUUGCCUUUUUUAUUUCUUUCUUCAUUUCUAGAUUUCUUUUUUUUUUCUCCCAUUUCUCCUUUAUUUUUUUUCAUUUUUUUCACUGUCUGCCUGCUUGACUGUCUGUCUAUCUCAUCUGUCUGUCUGUCUGUCUGUCUCUCUCUCUCCCUCUCCCUCCCUCUCUCUCUCUUUCGUCGCUUUUCUGAAUCUAUUCCGCUCCAAUGA